ACCGUUGUACCCAUGUCAAAGAUGACAAUAGAAUGCAUUUGAGAUGUAAUUAUUGUGGAAAAGAUUAUUGGAGUGGGGUCAUUCGAAUGAAAAAUCAUUUAGCCGGAACUCAUGAUAAUGUUGGUGCUUGUAGUCAAAUUUCUGAAGAUAUUAUGAAUAUGUUUUCACAACUGUUAAGUGGAAAAACACAAGACAAUAUUAUAGAUGUUGAUUGUUUGGAAGAAAAAAAUGUUGACGGGAAAUGUAAAGAGGGAACUAUGGAUGCAUAUGUCACAAAGGGGAGGGCAAAGCAACAGAGUUUGAAUCAAAUAGUGAAGCAAAGGAAGCCCGUGAUUAGAGAUAUUUGUAGAGUCAUUUAUGGGCAUGCAUUGGCUUUUAAUUUAGUGAAAAGCCCCUUGUUAAAAAAGAUGUUGAAGUCGGUUGGUGAGUAUGGUGUAGGAUUGAAACCACCUAGUUAUCAUGAAGUGAGAGUAUCUUUUUUGAAAAAAGAGGUUGAUCAUGUGAAUGCCAGUUUAGAAGUGUAUAGAAAUGAAUGGAAGAAGACGGGUUGCACUAUAAUGUCCGAUGGAUGGACCGAUGGAAAGUCUUGCUCUCUUACUAAUUUUCUUGUUAAUAGUCCAAGUGGAACGGUGUUUAUUAAAUCAAUAGACACCUCUGGUGCAAUUAAAAAUUCUAUGAAAUUAUAUGAGAUGCUUGAUGACAUUGUGAAAGAAAUUGGGGAAGAAAAUGUGGUUCAAGUGGUAACCGAUAGUGCAUCGACCUAUGUGGGUGCCGGUAGAUUAUUGAAAGAGAAGAGGACUAAAUUGUUUUGGUCCCCAUGUGCAGCACAUUGCCUUGACUUAAUGUUAAGUGACAUAGGUGAGUUGACGGUUUUCAAAGAUACAAUAAUUAAAGCCAAGGAAAUCACUGUGUACAUUUAUUGGCAUGCUUGGGUGCUUGAUUUAUUCACAAAAUUUACAAAGAAUAGGGAGUUGACAAGACCCGCGGUUACUAGAUUUGCCACCGCCUUCUUUACUUUAAAAGUUUCCAAGAUAGAAAGCUCCAACUUAGAGCUACGUUUGCAUUGGAAUAGUGGGCUAGAAGCAGCUAUGCUACAUCUGUUAAUGCAAAAAAGGCACAAGGAACAAUCUUGGGAGAUGCUAGAUUUUGGAAAGCAAUCAAGUAUUGUUUGAAGUGUGUGCUUCCUUUGGUGAAAAUUUUGAGGCUUGUGAAUGGUGAUGCAAAGCCGGCAAUGGGAUUUAUUUGUGAAGCUAUGGAUAGAGCGAAGGAAGAACUUGCUUCAAACUUGAACCAUGUGAAGGGUAGAUAUAAGUGCAUUUGGGAAAUUAUUGCUACUAGAUGGGAUUUACAACUCCAUAGGCCUUUUCAUGUGGCGGCAUAUUACCUUAAUCCAAUGUAAGUUUUUUACUCAUUUUGUCUAAUUAUUUGUGUUUUGUUGUGUGACUUAUAUACAAAAUGUGUAAUAGAAUUUAUUUAUGAAGUUAUCUUUCUUUCUAGGUUUCAUUAUCAAGAAAACUUCACUGCAGAUACAAAGGUGAAAAUAGGUUUAUUUAAAACCAUUGAGAGUAUGUAUCCGGAUAUAGAGGAUAGAGUGAAGGUUGAUGAGCAAUUAGAAAAGUUCAAGAAGGCCGAGGGUAUGCUUGGUAUGAGCAUGGCCAUCUUGGCAAGGGAAAAGAAACAACCCACUCUAUGGUGGGAAAGUUAUGGAGAAGAGUGCAAAGAGCUUCAAAAGCUAACUAUUAGAGUGCUAAGCCUUACUUGUAGUGCCACUGGGGUGAGAGAAAUUGGAGCACUUUUGAUCAUGUGCACUCGAAGAAAAGAAACCAGUUGGAACAACAACGGUUGAAUGCUUUGGUUUUUGUGAAGUAUAACAUUCAACUUAAGUUGAGGCAAAUUACGAGACAAGAAAGGGGUGAAACUUAUGAUCCUAUUUAUUUAUCAGAUGUAGAAUCCAAUGAUGAAUGGAUUACCGAGAAAGAGGAUCCAUGUCUACCCGAAGAUCAUUCAUGGAUGGACAUCCAAGAGUGCUUCGAAGAUGAUGAAGGAGUAACAACUAGCAAAAAGAGAAAAAGAUGUAUAAUUUUAUAUUUUAAAUAAGUUGAUUUCAAAGAUUUAGUUUCUAUAUUUUCACAUUUACUUGCUCAUUCAUAAUCUUAUUUAAUUUUAUUAAUGUAGGACCAAGAAAUUUAAAUGCCGCCGAUAGAGGAAAAAAAAAAGUAUUUGAAGAUGAUGACGAAGUUGAAUUGAUUGAAGGUGGAGAAGGGGAAGAGGAAGAAGAGUUUGAUGAAGUGACUAUGGUAGAUGAUGACGAAGAGGAUGACUCUAAUAUUGACCUUGGAGAUGAUGAAGAUUGAGGAAAUGAAGAAAUGAAAGCUUUUUGGAAUUUUUAACUUAAUCUAACUUUUGUUUUGUAUGGUCUCUUUUUGACACAAGUUACUUUACAAGUAUAGAUUAGAGUUUUGAAAAGUUUAGAACUUGUUAAGUUGUGAACCUUAUUCAUGAUCAUACAUUCAUAGAAUCAUAUUAUAAUGAAUGUGGAUUGCCAUA